AUGGACGCCUUAUACCGCAGAGCUGAGGGUAGCAGCAGCGUUAGCUGCGUGAUCCCUGAUCACAUUGAGAAUUCUGGCGGUGGUCCCUUUGUGGGAAAUCUUUCGUUCUACCAUUUCAACAUGAUUGUGUCAGGCAUCUGUACCGCAAUAGUAUUGUUCAUGACUAUUGGUUUGAUGGGACGUCAUGCCAUGCUUAUGAGCAAUCCAAACGAACAAUUGAAGAUUAUGCGUGUUAUCAACAUGAUUCCAUCUUACCAGCUCUUAUCCUUCCUUGCUGUCUGUUUUCCGAACACUUAUCUCUACCUCCAAGGAUUUACCGAGGUGUUUCAGGGCAUUGCUCUGUACGCCUUUCUCAUGUUACUUUGUGACUUUUUGGCUCCCACUGAGCAGAGCAAGGUGGAGUUCUUCUCUUCGGUAGAGACAAACAGGCAGUGGCAGCCGAAGAAGAAGCGAAAUGGUCUCGCUUUCCUAAAACUGACUUGGUGGUGUGUUCUCCAAUACCCCAUCAUCACCUGGAUGACUGCCAUCACUCAAGUAGUGACUCAGGCAUUCCACGUCUUCUGUCUCGAAGGCUCAUCGCCUCACUUCGCUCAUGUUUGGAUUGAAGUUAUUACUUCUCUUUCGACAUCAAUUGCAAUUAACGCUAUCCUCCAGUUCUACUCAAAAAUGAAGGGCUAUAUGAAAGAACAUCAUCCACUUACCAAGUUGCUGGCAUUUAAGUUUAUUGUCGGAUUGGUCUUUCUAGAAAAGAUUCUCUUCCUUAUUUUGACUGGCACCCACGUCCUCGUACCCACAAAAACCCUGACCUAUGUCGACGUCUUGAUUGGUCUUCCGACAAUGGUCAUCUGUGUCCAGAUGGUUCCACUAUGCUUCCUGGUUCUCUACGCCUAUCGCACCAAGCCCUAUGAAAUGUCCAAGACACAGCCCAUUAUGCGCCCCCAAGCAUACCAAGCCGUCAGUGCCAAUGGUGACGAGGAGGCCUUAAUGAGGGAGUCCCUGAAGCGUUAUCAGGGUGGCUGGAUGGGUUGGUUUGCUUGGAUUAAUUAUUUGAAUCCCUUAAAUCUAUGCCAGGAUGUGAUAGAUGCGCAUAGAAUGAUCUCAAAGGCAAGGGCUUUACAGAAGGCACAGUUGAGACAUCAGAUGCAAAAGGAAGCGGACGCGGCCACAUAUGAAACUAGUUCUGGCUCUAGUGACGAUGCAUGA